AUGCUUUUCCUCGUCGUAGAUGCGAUCAUGUCUGAUAAUAUAAGAUGUGUCUCUAUUAAAGAUAAUGCGAACACGAUGGCAGAAUACAUAUUUGAUAUAACCUGUACAAAUUGCCGAGAAACGAAUGAUUCACCCGUUAGUAUAAACAGAUAUGAAAAGCAUGAAAUGCCUGGGAGUAGAGGCGAAGCAUCAUUCGUAGCAAAAUGUAAAUUUUGUGGCAAAGAUAUCUCAAUCAAUAUAGCGCAAUUUGAACUAGCUCUUCUAAACAGUGCCAAUGCUGAUGACGAGUUGCUCGGCAAGAUUAAGGAUAAGAGAAGAAAGAGAAGCUUAAAGACUGUUGAUUUGAAGAGUGCCGUAUUAUUGGAAAUAGAUAGUAGAGGGUCUGAUAUUACUCACUUCUAUCCUGGAAAUAUUUCCUUUAUCGUGGAAUUGAUGUCAGGGAAGAAAAUGGAGUUUCAGUUUGAAGAUGAUGAAAAUGAAUGGUACGAUUACGAUGAUAAGGCGGAAGAGGAGGUUUCUAUCACUGAAUUUAAAGCUCAAAUUAUAAAGGGUAAAUAG